UAGCUACGACCUACGUCCUUCCUAAUGGUACGAAAUCAAGAAAUUACCCAAAGAGAAACCUGCGCGUGAUACCGUCGAUUGCAACAUUACUUUGGUUCACGGUGCCAAAUCAACGUUGAUGUCAGCAAAACAAGAAUAUUGUUGCGCUUGUUACAACAAUUAUUAUUGUUUGUAAACGUCUGUUUGAAAGCAGUUCUUUUGUUAUACAUUAUUUGGUACCUAUUUACUUGGUUGUCUGUGAUAUAGUGAGCUGUGUUAAUAAUAAUUGCUAGAAUGGGAGUUGAAAUGACCAAUUGCUGCGGCUUCAGCCUCAAGCAUGGAACAAUAAUAAUUGGAGUGGUUCAAAGCAUAGUAGCAUUUAUGUUUUUGGUAUUAGCAGCAGCGUAUGCUGACAAUCCACACGAAUUAAUUGACAUAUCGGAUCCCUCCAUCGUUCCAGAUUUGACAGUAUUAAAAACCGUACUCAUAAUAAUAGCAGUAGGAAGUGCGCUUCAAUGUUUAUUUUCCAUUUUGCUGAUUUUUGCUGCUGAAACGAAUCGUCCCAGACUAUUGAUGCCAUGGCUGUUAUUGAACCCAGCAGCCCUUUUCGUUUACAUAGUGACAACUCUGAUUGCUAUUGUUUAUCACACUGGAACGAAUAAUACUAUUUUUAUUGUUGGACAUUUGUUAUUUGGAUUUCUAGUUACACUGAUUGUCUGUUUCAAGAUUCUUUGCGUCUGGAACUUCUACAAGCACCAGAGGAGUUUAAAUUUCUAACAGUAAUGUACUGUUAUAUCAAGAAACUCGCACUUUGUAGUGAUAUGUUGACAAUUAUUUAAGA